UACAGUACGUAUUCUUUCAUCAAUCACUCCAAAACCAAACCCCAAAACAUCUCCUCGAAACCCUAAGGAGGGGGAGACAAUCACACUUUGAUAUUCCGAAUGUCAUUGUCAAGGUUAAGCUCUUCUCUCCGUCUUCCCAAGUUUCCUCCUUUUCUUCUCUGCUUUCCUUCUUCCUCACUCCAAACCCGAUUCAUUCACAAUGUGGAUGUUGAUGAAGCUGUUGCCUCGUUCAAUAGCAUGCUCAAUACGCCUCCUUCCCCAUCCAUCAGGCAAUUUAACAAGAUUCUGGGGUCUCUUGUCAAGACUAAGCAAUUCCACACUGCCAUUUCCCUUUUUCAACGAUUGGGAUUCAAUGGAAUAGAGCCAGACAUUUUCACUUUUAACAUUCACAUCAAUUGUUUAUGCCAACUGCGUCAUAUGACCUUAGCUUUUUCGGUAUUGGCCAAGAUCUUUAGAUUGGGUCAUCAGCCGGAUACCAUAACCUUCACUACACUCAUGAAUGGUAUGUGUCUCAAUGGCAACAUUAGAAGAGCACUGCAUUUUCACGACAAGAUGGUAGCUCGAGGAUUUCAAAUGAAUCAAGUUAGUUACGGGACGCUGAUCAAUGGAUUAUGUAAAAUGGGAGAAACAAAAGCUGCCAUUCAGUUGCUUAGAAUGAUUGAAGCGAGAUCGAUUCAGCCUAAUGUGGUAAUUUAUAGUACAAUCAUUGAUAGCUUAUGUAAAGAUGAACUUUUGACCGAGGCAUGUGAUUUUUUUUCAGAAAUGGUUGUCAAGAAAAUUUAUCCCAACUUUGUCACUUAUAAUAGUCUAAUGCACGGCUUUUGUCUUUUGGGUCAAGUAAAGAAAGCAGUUGGUUUGUUCAAUGAAAUGUUAUUGAAAAGAAUCAACCCAGAUGUUUAUAACUGCAACAUAUUGGUUGAUGCACUGUGCAAGAAAGGAAAGGUGAGAGAAGCUAAGAAUGUGUUAGCUGUGAUGAUAAAAGAUGGUGUGAAACCUGAUGUUGUUAUGAAUAAUACUUUGAUGAAUGGCUAUUGCUUAGUUAAUGAAGUAAAGAAUGCCAAAUGUGUAUUUAACAACAUGAUCCGAACUGGAGUAACCCCUAGUCUACUUAGCUAUAACAUACUGAUUAAUGGAUUAUGCAAGAUUAAAAUGGUGGACGAAGCCAUGCUUCUCUUUGAAGACAUGCAUUGCAACUGUAUGGUUCCAGAUACAGUAACUUACACUUCUCUUAUUGAUGGUCUGUGCAAAUCAGGGAGAUUUUCUUAUGUUUGGGAGCUUAUCGAUGAGAUGAAUGACAGGGGUCAACGUGCUGAUAUAAUUACCUACAAUUCGGUAAUAGACGCAUUAUUCAAAAACCAUCAUCUGGAUCAUGCAAUAGCAUUGUUCAAUAAAGUCAUAGACAAAGGCAUUCGUCCAAAUGCAUAUACAUACACAAUACUUGUUAAUGGACUAUGCAAAGGCGGAAGACUUAAAGAUGCACAGGAGGUUUUUCAGAAUUUACUGAACAUUGGCUAUCCUCUGGAUGCCCCGGCAUAUAAUGCUAUGAUCAAUGGGCUUUGCAAAGAGGGCAUGGUUGAUGAAGCAUUGUCCUUGCAGUCAAAAAUGGAAGACAAUGGUUGCAGUCCCAAUGCUGUAACUUUUGAAAUAAUUAUCUGUGCUCUUUUUGAAAGUGAUGAGAAUGAUACAGCCGAGAAGCUUCUUUAUGAAAUGGUUGCUAGAGGCUUAUUGUGAGAUUAAAACUAAUGCUUUCCACCUAUACUUAUUAUGGAACAUUUCCUCAAGAAUCUUAACUGGCAUGUGGCUCAAAACCGUGAGAAAUCCAGAUGUCAAACUUGUGAAGGAAUAAGCAUAUCCAGUUUCCUUUUUGAUUAUUCAGUAGUGCUGUUACUUAUUCUUUAAAUGUAAAGACAGCAUACAAUUUGUAAAUUUUAUUAGUCUUGUUGCUAGCCUGCCCAAGUCAUAAAUGACAGUUUUGAGGAGUAUAUGACAGUUCUAGAUUUGCCAUUCUUGUUUCUCCUGAUUUGAUACUUGCAUUUGUUACAGAACAUGAACUUAUAAUCGAUGGAUGUCACACUUUUUGUUGCAUUCUAAAAUAAUAUAAUGGAGCAUCG